CUAAAACCUAACGACCUGCAAGGGGCCUGGAACGACACCCGCGCUCAUAAUGAAUCAUUUUUUCGAGUCAACCACAGGCUUACAUUCGUAAUUGCCACAGCUUUGAGGUUGACAACAAGCUAGUAUAAGGUCCUGAUACUGGCAUUGACAGUUCCUUUAAAGAACUUGCUUUUGCGUUCCCCUUUUUCUUGUUAUCUGUGCAUUUCUUUUCAUUUUCCCAAGACGCUGUAUUUCAAAAAGCGCAAACGGCUACAUUAGUCCCUGUCUGCGAACGAAGCAGGAUACCUUCUCUUCCAGCUCACAACAUCCACCACCCUCUCUUCACAAUUCUACUUGCUGCUCACCAGGACAUACGGGAACUUCCUGAACCCAAUAUGGCCGAUGUGCCACUUACAGCAGCAAAUGCGGCUGCAGACACUGGAGGAAGCACGCAGCGGCCAAAUCGUGGACGGGCUGGCAGGGGCCGUGGCGGACGUCACCGUGGAGGAAACCAAAAUCGCGAAAGGAACCAUGGCCAACCUACGUCAGAUGCGGAGCCGAUAUUAACUGGGCAGACUUCGGCUCCAGCAGGCGAAAGCACCAUUUUGAACGCUCGAGGACGUGGACGAAGAGGACCGAGAAAGUCGAGACGCGGAGGUGCUGAACCCACCACCCCACGAACGACUUUCGGUACCCAGAGAGCCUUCGGGGGCCAUCUCACUACGGAGGCUCAGUCGGCAGCAGACAUUGCGGCCGGUCUGAGUGCUGACGCCCCCGAAUUCGUGCCCGGGCAACCGCUUGCACCAAGGAACGGUCAACCACCACCACUAACAGGAGCCAAGAAGUCAAUAACACACAAUGAGCCUAAGUCGAAUGCUCCUGAUCUACCAACCCGUAUUCAUGAUGACAUCAGCAAUGGUAAUUACGAAUGCGUGAUCUGCACCAACGAGGUGCUUCGAAACUCGCGUGUAUGGUCCUGUUCCAUCUGCUGGACCGUCACUCAUCUAACUUGCGUGCGGAAAUGGCACACAAAUCAAAUAAAACAACGCGACCAAAAUAUAGGUCAAGUGUCGAGUGAUUGGCGUUGCCCUGGCUGUAACUCGGGCACGACAGAGGAGCCUACGUCAUAUCAUUGUUGGUGUGGUAAAGAAAUCAGCCCUAGGUCACUGGCUGGUCAGCCACCCCACUCUUGCAGCCAGACCUGUGGGAAACCAAGAGGAGCAUGUCCACAUCCGUGCAUGUUGGUGUGUCACGCUGGGCCAUGUCCGCCUUGCGAUGCAAUGGGCCCAGCGCUCCCUUGUUAUUGUGGCAAGCACGUUGUGACAAAACGAUGCAGAGAGACGGAUUAUACUCACGGGUGGAGCUGUCAAGAGAUUUGCGGGGAUCUACUUCCUUGUUCAGAGCAUGAGUGUCAGCAACCUUGUCAUUCUGGCCUCUGCGGGAGCUGCGAGAUCCCAAUCCCCUCUCUCUGUUAUUGUGGCCGGGUAUACAAAGAAAUUCCAUGCGAACAGCGAGAGCAAAAAGUCGCUUCAUUCGACCAUGGCCAGGUCCAGCAGCAAUCAGCGGGCCAAGUUGGACGAGAUGGUCUCGAAGAGCCCUGGUUUGGGGCUACUUUCAGCUGUGACAGCUCUUGUGAACGGACAUUCGAUUGCGGUCAUCACAGAUGUACACGUGCGUGCCAUGCUCAGGAUGAAAAGGAAGCCCACUGUCCAUUUUCUCCCGAUGUGGUAACGCACUGUCCUUGUACCAAAACCCCUCUGGAUGAGAUCUUGGAACAGCCUAGACAGAAUUGCCAAGAUGCGAUUCCGAGUUGUAACAAGACCUGCGACAAGCUUCUUCCUUGUGGACACCGUUGCAGAUCGGGAUGUCAUGCCUCGUCUUGCCCGCCCUGCAUGCAGAAGGUGGAAAUCGAAUGCAGAUGCGGUCGAACGAAGUCAACCUCCAUAUGCCACCAAGGAGAAACUGACACGCCAGAAUGCAUGAGAGUCUGUCGCGCCCAGCUAAAUUGCGGUCGUCAUUUGCAUGAUGAGCAUUGCUGCCCCAGCGAAAAGAAAGCUAUGGAGCGAAAGCGAAAAAGAAAGAACUUGACUACCACUAGCCGCGAGAUCGAGGCAGAGCACAUAUGCGUCAGGGUCUGUGGCCGCUUACUGAAAUGCGACAAACAUCAGUGUGCCCAGCUUUGCCAUCCUGGCCCUUGUUCGACAUGCCCCGAGGCGAUCUUCGAGGAAAUCAGCUGCCACUGCGGCCGAACUGUUCUUCAACCCCCACAGCCAUGCGGUACCCGCCCUCCCGAAUGUCGAUUCGAGUGUGCUCGUCCAAAUCCAUGUCAGGACCAUCCACGAGUAUCCCAUACUUGCCACGGAGACGACAAGUCUUGCUCGCCGUGUCCUUUCUUGGUCGAGAAACGAUGUAUAUGCGGCAAGUCAACGUUGAAGAACCAACCGUGUGCCUCUAAGCAGCCUCGAUGCGGCUUGGUUUGCAACAGAAAGCUGAAAUGCGGUCACCAUUCCUGCACCAAGACAUGCCACGGCCCGGGUGAUUGCGAAGAUGCAGGUAUCUCAGGAUCACAUUGUUCCCAGCCUUGCCUCAAAGUAAGGAAGUCGUGUGAUCAUGUCUGCACCGAGACAUGUCACUGUCCAUACGCGUGCAAAGAAGAUAAGCCAUGUCAAGCGAAGACUUUCGUCACCUGCGAAUGUCAACGCAGAAAGCAGGAAGUCAGAUGUCUCGCAACCAAAACCAACCCUUCGCCAGAGCGCCCGCCAUUGAAGUGCGAUGACGAAUGCCUUCGGCUGCAGAGAAACGCAAGACUUGCUUCGGCUCUCAACGUAGAGCCAGCAACCCAUACAGACGACCACGUUCCCUAUUCCGAUAAAACGUUGGAACUUUACCAAAGUGCACCUAAAUGGGCGCAGACGUACGAGCGAGAGUUCCGCGUGUUUUCCGCAGACACGCAAGAGAAACGGCUCCGGUUCAAACCCAUGAAGCCUCAUCACCGUGCAUUUUUACACGCACUAGCUGAAGACUUCGGGUUGGACAGCGAGUCCCAAGAUCCAGAGCCCCACCGUCACGUCUCUAUAUUCAAGACACCACGGUUUGUUUCAGCACCAGCGAAAACGCUGGCACAAUGCGUCAAAAUCAAAGCAACAGACGUGUCACAAGCACAGCCCUCGCAAAGCAAUAUAGUGAUGCCGCCAGAGCCUUUCAAUGCGCUGCUACUUUCAUCACCCAAAUUCGGGUUGACCAUUGAGGAGCUUGAGUCUGCCCUGGCUCACGGAUUCGCGUCACAGCCUAACUUGUCCUUCGCGACGAGCUUCCUCCCUUCCGACGACGUUGUCAUCAAGGGAUCUGGCUCGUGGACACCUCAGGCACUCGAAUCGUCGCUGUCAAGCCUCAAGCCGGCAAUAUCACAAAGCGUGAAGCGACACGGCUUGGCAAAAUCAGUGGCUCUCUGUCAUGUUGACUCUUCACUCAAUGUAUUGCGUAGAGAAGCUGGCGCUACUGUCAAUACCGGUGGUUGGAGCUCUGUCGUUGGUCGCUCAACGGCGCGACAGGCGAAGGCUGGCACCACAGGUUCCAGUUCAGAGAAUUUGCCCGUUCGGAGCAGGUUCAUGGCAUUGCGGAAGGAGCCUAAAAAGAAAGCUGAGGAAGAACCGGUUGAGGAGGACUGGCUUACUGCUGCGGAGAAGCUGGAUGAGGACUGAUAGCAAUAUCGUUGACAGACAUGAACAAAGAGAGCACAGUCAAUUCAUGAAUAAACAUGGGAACAUCAACAGC